UUUUGAAAACCAAAACCAACCGAACGACAACCUCAGAGUCAAGAGACAAUGGGAAGCAACACCUCACACUUGGUUCAACUCUCACAAAGGACUCCAUGGCCUUGAAUUUUGUUGUCGCUUCUCUUCACCCAAAACCUUCUAGUCCCCCUCCUCCUCUUCUGUUCCCCAAACACAAGCACCUCCUCAAGCUUCACCAGUACCACUCUUCUUCUUCUUCUUCUUUUAGAACAUUUUCUCAGUCAGAGGGAACUGAAGGAGGAGUUACAGAGCAGGAUCCCACUGUUUCUUUCUCUGGGUCUUUAUCUGCUACUCGCACACAGCUGGAUCUGUUGGAGCAACUCACUUCCACUAGCUCAGCUGUUGAUGGUUAUGAGAGUGAUGGCAGCUCUCAGAGAAGUACAAUCCGUGAGCAGCUAGCACAGUUGGUUGGAGACAGAGAUGAGGAUUUCAGCAUUCCCUUGGGUAAAGAUUUAAAGAAGGUUAGUGCCAAGUUCUUAACCAUCUCACAGAAGAGAAAUAUCAGAAGACAAGCAUACCUGGAUGAAGUGUCUCAGAGGAAUGAUACGGCUUUCUUUGCCACCAUUGGAGCUUUUGUAAUUCUUCCACCCUUUAUAAUAUUAGGAAUUGCUAUAAUAACUGGUUAUGUACAGCUUUUUCCAUGACAUAAAUGACGUUUGAUUACUAGAGUGACAA